AUGGCUUCUAAUUCUUUAUCACCCAAUGAUCGGAGCCUGAAAAGGUCCCGCACCGAGCAUAAGAAUACUUUCCUAUACAGACCCGAACCUGAACCAUGGUAUACAAAGUUUCUCGUGGUGCACUCCAAAGACGAAACAAAACCACUUUCUAAAGUGUCACCAUUUGCAGUUGCUAAAGCAUUGGAAAGUGUAGUUGACAAGAACUACAGCGCCAAGAAGCUGAGGAGUGGUGACAUUCAAGUCCAAGUGGAGAACCGAAAACAAAGUAAUGCACUGUAUUCCCUCACCCACAUCGGAGAAACAGCUGUAACCAUAAGCUCUCACCGCAGUUUGAACAUCGUAAGAGUUGUGAUAUCUGAGAGUGAACUACUUGAGUGCUCAGACUCCGAACUUGAGGAAGGGCUGGCUGACGAGGGUGUAGUGUCAGCAAAACGAAUCGUGAUGCGCAGAGAUGGGAAAGAGAUUCCCACGAAACACGUAGUCCUGUCUUUCAAGCUCCACAGUAUUCCAUCAACAAUCAAAGCUGGCUAUCUAAACUGUCAUGUGAGGGCAUAUAUCCCCAAUCCAAGACGCUGCUACAAGUGCCAGAAGUUUGGCCACGGUUCGCAUGUGUGUCGUGGACAGGCUGUCUGUGCAAGGUGUGCUGGCAAAGACCACUCGUCAGAGACAUGCUCAAAUGAUAUCCGUUGCACCAAACGUGAAGGUAGCCACCCAGCGUACUCCAGAUCCUGUCCUUUCUGGCAGGAGGAGAAACAGGUUCUCAAAAUAAAGUUUGAGCAAAACGUCACGUACCGAGCGGCGAGAGCCCAGCUACAGUUCCAGAAGAAAGGAACUUUCUCUGAUGUGGUGCGCAGGGGAGUGGCACCACUCAGAGUUUCAGUGGAGACCCAGAUUUCUUGGCCUCCACACCACACUCCCCAACUCAAAGAGAGGGUCACAGAGGUGCUUCCUCCAGUGGCCACACAGCCAAUCACCCAGGGAGAGGCCGCCACAGCCUCAAAGGAGGUUGUUGUAUCUCCCUCCGUUUGGAACGGGAUUGCCAAGGCCCUGUCCCAAAGUACAAGCCAAGACAUGGAUGUCGAUGAUGACGACUGCUUAUCGCAGAAGUCGUUAUCGAGUCUUCCAAGUACUACUACUUCAUCCUUGGGCAAAGAGCAGAGAAAGAAAAACACCGGCAGAGGACGGGGUCUGAAAGGCAAAGAACAGCAAAAGGCCCCUCCACCAAGGAUACAAGCUCCUUGA